AUGGAGAAUUUAUUUUGGAAAGUUAUUAGGAAUAUUUAUUUAUUUAAAAAGAUAUUUUAUCAUAUUGAUAAUGAUGAAAUUUCCAAAGAUUAUAUUGGAUUUAGAAUAAAAUUUAAAUUAAUUAAAUCAUUAGAAUUUUUAGUUAUACACAAACAAUGGUCAUUAUUAAAAGAUAAAUUACAAAGUAAUCAGUAUUUAUUAAUUGAUAAAAGAGCAAUAAAGAUGUUUUUACAAGAAUGUCAAGAUAUUGAUUUAAUUAGGUUAUUAUAUCAAAAGAAAAGAAACCAUAUUGAAAUUGUAGAUUUAAUAGCAACUUCAAUAAAAGUUAAAAAUUUAUUAGCAUUUGAUCUUUUCUUUAAUCAUUUAAAAUUACCAAUUUAUACAAAAUUAAAAAAUAAAUCUUUAAAAUAUGCAACAAAAAAAAUAAAACAAAAUCAAUUAUUAUCAUUUCAAUUUUUAAAUAUUAUAAUAAAUAAUCAAUUAUAUAAUAAAAAUAAUAAUAAUAAUAAUAAUAAUAAUAAUAAUAAUAAUAAUCAACUAAAAAAAGAUGAAGAAUAUGAAGAUGAAAAUGAAUAUAGUAUUAAUAAAGAAAUAAAUAAAAAAUUAAAGAAACAAACAGAAUUAACUACAACAACAACAACAACAACAACAACAACAACAACAACAACAAAUUUUAUGAGGUUAAAAGAUUAUAGAGAAUUUCAAAUUAGAUUAAUAGAAUUAGGAUUAGUAGAGAAAACAAAUAAAAUUACAUUAUUUUCAGAAUUUGAAAAUAACAAUACAACAUUUAAAUCAUUAUCAAUUCAAGAUUUAAUAUUUUAUUUAAAAUCACUUUAUCAAUUAUGUGAUAAUCUUCAAAAU